GCCGCCACCAUGCCGGGCCAGAGCUCGUCGUCCCCGCAGCUGACGGUGACCGUGCUGGCCGCGCUGUGGGUCAGCUUGGGUCGGUGCGGCGGCGCCUCCGAGUCCGCGAGGCCGGCGGGAUGCGACAGCGGGAAGCUGUCCCUGGACGUGGACCUGCCCGCGGCUGCGGCUUAUUGGGACUGUCCAGUAUCGACCUGGCCGGAGUCCACUCAGGUACCGAAACAAGCCAGUGUUGACACAUUGCACGAUGCCCAGCCAGCCAGGCAGCUCUGUAUGGACACACGCAUUUCCUACAGCCACACGAUUCCCAGCAGUGGAGCGUACAGACCAGUCAUGGCCCAGAGUGGAGAGUACCUGUACUGUCCUCCUCAGCGGUGGCUCAACAACUUGCACCAUGGCGGGACGGUGCUUCUCUACCACCCCUGUUCUCCUCCCCGGGAGCGUCUCUCUCUGUCCGCCCUGGCUCGCUCCUGCCUGCGAGGCUACGUCGUCACUCCACACCCACAGCUCAGACCGCGCGCGCCGAUAGCCUUGGUGUCCUGGGGCCGCACCUUAGAACUGUCGACCGCGGCGUCUUUGGAUGUUUGUGUUUGGCUGGAAGCGACAACAAGCACAGAGAUGAAUUUAGAUGAGGAAAUGCACCGUCGGAGCUACAACCUGCUGUUGGUCUGGCCAGCGGAGCAGCGGCAGCUCACACAUUGGGAGAAAAACUCAACCCAUGUUAAGGCGUCUCUGAGGCGAUGCUGUGAACGAACUAUCUCCUCUCUGCUGAACGGAGAGAUGGCGACGGAGCCAGAGGCGGACAUGGAGAAGAAAAGCUCAAACCACAUGAAAGAUGAGGCCAAAAGCAGACACAUAAGAGCAGCAAUAAGAGAAACAAAGGGAAACCUGAAGGAUGAGAAUGAAAGCAGAAGGAAGGAGGAAGUACAGAACACGCUUGGACAAUUGGCAAAUAUUACUGCAGAUCUGAACGAUGAAGCACCCGCCGUUAGAGAUGGAGGCCCAGACUUACUCAAACAAUCAGAUAAGGCUUCUGAUAAACACAGUGUGAAACAGAACAACUCUAAAGCCAUAAGCAGUAAAGACGAUGCGGCCAAGAGCAAGGUGGGGGAUAAUGAAGUAAUAGAGGUAAAAGAGAGGGAACUGGAACAAAAGCAAACACACAAACGUGAAAAUACUGGCUCGGAUUCUUCAGCCCAGCCACAGCCACAGCCCGACCAAAAGACGCCACGGUACAUGCCCAACAGACCGAACUGCGGCGGCUGCAGAGCAGGCGAACCCUGCGAGUGCUCCAACGAGGCCCGUCCUGCUGGUGUGGCCAAGGGCUUUCCAAGGACCCCCAGAACAGACGAGGCCGUGUGGGCAGCGGGCGCACUGGGCUUCCUGCUCGUCCUGCUCACACUGUCGGUGCUUCACACUCGCCUGUACCGCCACUGGAGGACCAUGCCCAGCCUUUACUGGCACGAUCCACGCCAGGACUACGACAGCGUGGCAGAUGUGAUCCGCAGGAGGCUGAGAAUUGCGAAAAGGAGACGUAAACGGGGCAGAAGACAGGAGUGUGUUCUCUUGCCCAGCUCGUCCAGCUCAGACGAACCUGUGUAAACAGCUCGUGCAUGUUGAUGCAUGUGGAUGAGAAGUCUGAAGUGAGAAUAGAAAAUGCGUUGUACCCUGUUUACAUAACUGUCCUGUAUUUAUAGUGUGUCAUCCUCCUGGAUCAGCAUGGCCGCUCAGACAUGUUAGUGGAUAGUGGCUGUAGCUGAGGAACAGCACCACACACAGCAGCCAAAGCAUUACUUUAAACCUAUAUCCAGUUAAUGGAACAUCAAGUUAUCUGAUUAUAUAUUUUUGUGAAUUGUUUAGAAUGAGUGCAGGUUUGUAGCAAUUAAGUGAAGGAAUUCACGGAAGAAAGGGAGAAAACCUUUUAACCAUCUAUAAUAAGAUUUAAGUAUUUCAAAAGCACAAGAAAUUGAUUUCUUACCCAUUAACACUCACUGAUCACAUUACUAGUCACACCUUGGAGACCUAAUUCAAUUCAGUACGGCAGCUCUCUACACAAUCAUAAUAACUCUUCUAACCUAAUAUUGAUACACCUAUAGUUGGGUCUGUACAAAUAAAAUACAAUGGACAAAAUGUACAGUAAAAUUUAUCUUAAAGAUAACCGUAAAAAAAAUACAGGACCAACGUGACAAACACCAAAGAAUCUUUACAAAAGAAUCAAACACUAUGACAGAUUAUGAAGGCUGAGAGAUUGUAUUGUGUAUAUUUGUACAGCUUCGUAUGACACAUUUGUGCAUUGUCUCUUACACAGCGCUCCAUAUUUACAACCCUUGCUCCCACGUUUGUCGCCCUUAGGUUUGUUUUUAACAAAAAUUUUUUAAAAGUAAGAUUUUUUAUAUUUGCCAUGAUUUUGUAAAUCUAAUAGUUGCCGUUUUAGGCAACACAUGCAGUUUGUCAGUAAAUGGUACAAAUAUGAACUGAACAGAAGCAUGAGUCGACCUGACUGCAACACAAAAUAAUGAGCAAACUUGGAGAUUGGAAGUUUGCAAAUGAAGCUUGACAUUAAACCGUUUGAAUUUACAAAGGAAAAACCUCAGCAACUCUCAUUUAUGUAUGAAUUCAUGAAGAAAAUGCAGACAAUCCCAUGACAAUUAACUUGUUUUAUUAUUUUAUUACAAAUGUACAGCUUAUGAGUUUCCAUUACGAUUUACCUUUAAGUCAUUGUUUUCUCUACUUUAUACAGUUUUUAACGUCUUCUGUUAAAAGAUAACUCCCCCAUCUCCCAACGUGUAGAGCUGUGAAGAAACAGGGACAGCAACAGUACAGGCCACGGUGCACUGCCAACGCAUGAAAACCAGUAAAUGUGAAUUUACUCACUAUAAAUGCAAUGUUUGUACCUGUCAA